AUUUCGAUAGCAUCUCUAGAAACAUUGGCGCAGAAACAGCACCCCACCAUCAUUUACACUGGCACCGUGCUGCAGAAAAAUCUGUAAUUUCGUGGCAUCGUUUUCGCAGCAGAUUAGCAAAAAUGGCCUUCAUUCUGCAUUUUCUGCAACUGGUAACAUUGUCGCUGUUGUUUGGUGCAGUACGGAGUGAAUCGUGCAGUGAUGACCUGAUGCAAGAAUGCCGCGAACUGAUGGCGAACCAUAGCGCCGCAGUGCAGUCCGUAUCGUGGCCAGUAACGGAUGCGGAUGUCACUGCCACUCAGCAGUUGGCCCACGAUUAUUGCCGUGCUGCAAACAACUCCGCCUACUGCCUAUUUAAUCUGCCGGUCCGCUGUGCGGACGAUCCGGCGUUCCUCCAGCGUUUCACACGAUACGAUUUCUGGUACGCUGCGGAGAGGACCAGUGUCGUGGCCAUGACAUGUCAGCUGCCUGUCAAUACCCUGCGAUUGUUGCGCGCUCACGAGCACUGCGCGGGACGCUCUGGCUUGUUCAUGGAGCUGUUAGGGGUGGAGAGAGAUCUGACGUUAUCUUCACACAAUGCCACUAGCGCCCGUCAUAAUGUCUGCCAAUAUCUGCGCCGUUUUACCACCACAGUGAAUGGUGCGGCCAAGCCGCAGCUUACGGAGAAAUGCGGACGGGAAGCGGUGGAGGUGCUUCAGGACGGUUAUCAGCAGAUGCACGAUGCCCACUGCUCCAUGUAGUACGAGUACUGCAUAUCAUGGGACAAGUUUAGACCUUUGAUAUUGUGGUUUACUUCAUGACUGUCCGUAAAACUGCUCAUACUCGUAUAACAGGCUCAUAAAACUUGUUCUACAGGAAGAAAUUCCACGUUUGAUAUAAUUAAACUGCGUUUUCGUUUUG